AUGGCAUCCUCUAUCCCUGGGCCGGUGCCUUUGCCAGCAUCGCAAUAUGAUCUCUCCACAUACAUGGGAAGAGUCAAGCACUGCGCUGGAAUUUCGGAUCCGACAAUGCUGCUCAACACCUCCAAAGACAUUGAGGAGGCUAAACGACUCGUCUGGGACUACAAGAACGGAGUCAUUCCUCAAAUGACGCCGGAGCUCUGGCGUGCAAAGCGGAUCCUCGACUCUUCCAUCCACCCGGACACCGGAGAAACGGUCCUCCUGCCUUUCAGAAUGUCCUCGUGCGUUUUGUCAAACCUGGUGGUCACUGCGGGCAUGCUAACUCCAGGUCUGGGCAACGCAGGAACGCUGUUCUGGCAGAUCGCAAACCAGUCGCUGAAUGUGGCGAUCAACACCGCAAAUGCCAACAAGUCGCACCCACUGACCACCAAACAGCUUGUCACAAACUACUUCUUGGCCGUCGGAGCCUCCUGUGGUGUAGCUCUGGGCCUGAAUUCUAUUGUUCCCCGGCUGAAAAACGUUUCUGCCAACACUCGACUCAUUCUCGGCCGUUUGGUGCCAUUUGCUGCCGUUGUUUCUGCAGGUAUCGUCAACGUGUUCCUCAUGAGGAGUGAAGAGAUCAAAAAGGGCAUUUCCGUCUUCGACAAGGACGGAAACGAGCUGGGAACGUCUAAACGUGCGGCUGUGCAGGCUGUCGGCGAGACUGCCGCUUCGCGGGUGAUCAACGCCACGCCGAUCAUGGUCAUCCCUCCUUUGUUGCUUGUUCGCAUGCAAAAAACCAUUCUGAAGGGUAAGGGCCCUGCAAUCCAGAACCUAGCUAAUAUUGGUCUCAUCACCGCCACCUCGUUCCUGGUGCUCCCUUUUGCCCUGGCAGUUUUCCCUCAACGCCGCGAGGUCAGCGUGAGCCAGCUGGAAGACAAAUUCCACGGCCUGAAAAACAAAAACGGCGAGGAAAUCAAGACUGUCCAGUUCAACAGGGGCAUUUGA